UUCUUAUGUCACAUGGACUUGUAAGGACUUUUCUAUUUUGUCUUUGCUCUCAUUGUAGUUCCCGUGACUGUCUUUGUAUUAAAAUCGAUUUCAAGUAGUAUAAAGCCUUCAAGCAUCUCUCACUCUCUCGUUCACAUAUCACAACAAACCAACCAACGAAGUUUGUUCUCUCUUUCUCUCUAAUUACCAAACGAAGCAACCAAGCUUUGUUACCAAACCAAAUCACAUUCCCUCUUCCCGUAUCAACACUUAUAUUCCCAAACCAAAUCACAAAUCAACUCUUAUAUUCCCUAUUCCCGUAUUCUUACCAAACGAAAUCACAAACCCAAAUCACAUUCUCUGUUCUUACCAAACCAAGAUCAAACCAAAUCACAAACAUGGCAUCUUCUUCAGAAAACAAUUUUGAAGAUUCACUUGACGAUUCACUUGAUGAUUACUUUAAUCAAUAUUUUAAUCAAGCCUUUGAGACUCUAACCAUGCGUCAUCAAGAAGAAUGUACGAGACAAAGAAAAAAACGGGCUUAUAUCGAAAGACAUCGUGAAGAAGGGCACAUUCGUUUAUGGAAUGACUAUUUCAGUGACACGCCAACAUAUCCUGAAAAAUUCUUUCGACGACGGUUUAGAAUGAACAAGCGAUUGUUCAUGCAUAUUGUUGGUCGAUUCUCCAAUGAAGUUGAAUUCUUUCAACAAACACAAGAUGCACUCGGAAGGAAUAGUCUCUCUCCACUCCAGAAGUGUACAGCAGCCAUUCGUGUCUUGGCAUAUGGUACUGCCGCUGAUGCUGUUGACGAAUACCUCCGACUCGGUGAAACUACUACUCGGUCAUGUGUGGAACAUUUUGUGGAAGGCAUAAUAUAUUUAUUCGGCAAGGAGUACCUAAGAAGACCAACACCGACUGAUCUUCAAUGUUUACUUCAUGUUGGUGAGGCGCGUGGAUUUCCCGGGAUGAUAGGAAGCAUCGAUUGUAUGCAUUGGGAGUGGAAGAAUUGUCCCACCGCUUGGAAAGGGCAAUAUUCACGUGGCUCGGGAAAACCAACCAUCGUUUUGGAGGCGGUUGCUUCGUAUGAUCUAUGGAUAUGGCAUGCAUUUUUCGGACCUCCAGGUACCUUAAAUGAUAUCAAUGUUCUUGAUCGUUCACCUGUUUUUGAUGACAUAAUUAAUGGUCAAGCUCCUCAAGUCACCUUCUACGUCAAUGAAAGAGAGUAUCACAUGGCUUACUAUCUCACCGACGGCAUUUAUCCGAAAUGGGCUACUUUUAUCCAAUCAAUUUCACUACCACAAGACCCAAAAUCGGCUUUAUUUGCUAAACAACAAGAAGCUGUCCGAAAAGAUGUCGAGCGGGCUUUUGGAGUCUUGCAAGCUCGCUUUGCCAUCGUUAAAAAUCCGGCACUUUUUUGGGAUAAAGUCAAAAUUGGGAAGAUUAUAAGAGCAUGUAUAAUACUCCAUAACAUGAUAGUAGAAGAUGAACGCGAUGGAUACACCCAGUUUAAUCUUAAAGAGUUCGAAGAAGAAGAAGGCACCGGAAGUUCACAUGUCGAUCUCAAUUUUGAUAGGGAAAUGCCUACAAAUAUCGCCAAUAUGAUGAAUGCUCGAACUAGAAUUCGUGAUAACCCAAUGCAUGAACAACUAAAAGCUGAUUUGGUUGAACAUAUGUGGACUAAAUUCGGACAUUUAUGAGGACAACGGAGCUCGGAUGUAUCUUUCUAAUUAUUAUCGUGAUUUCUAUUUAUUUUGUUUUAAUGUUUUGUGUUAAAAUAAUGUUUAAAAUGUUUUAUUUUAA